AUGAUAAACGAAGAGGGAGAAGAAGCAUAUUGCCAUGAUACGCAAUUCGACUAUGCUGGUUUGGAGGAGAAAGUUACGCCUACACCUACAGAGCCGUCACUAGACUUGGGUGAACAUGACACAAAAAUAGUGCAAUCGACACCAAAAGUAAAGAAAAUCAGCAAGACAAGGAAGAAAAAAAUAGAGGAGAGUCCUGAAAAAACAAAUGAGGACAUUGUCAAUGCAGAGAGUAGUGAUGUUCCUUCAAACAACCUCUUGUUGGAUAGUAUUUAUACUAUUAGUUCGAUGACUUUUUGGCAAGAAUGGAGUUUAAUCUCUCCCAAACUGAUCACUAAACAUAGGUUGCAUAUCCUCCCACUAGAUAUGGAUUUUUGGGCGAGGUUACUUUCGCAUAUUACCAUAUGGAGAUCCCUGUUGAUGGAUAGGCGGGCGAUGAAUGCUCAGUGGACUGUAUAUCCUGAAGGAGUCAAUUUGGAACCCGGAAAAUCAUAUGUGUUUAGGAAGGUAGCAGAUGGUUUUGGAGGUUGUCCUAAAUGGAAGGAUGUGGAUAUGGUUUUAUUUGUAAUAAAUGUUGUGCAUGCCCAUUGGUUUUUGGCGGUUCUACAUUUAGAUACCUGGAAAGUAGAAAUUUUUGAUUCAGCACGAGUUGCGGGUUACUUCUCAAUGUACAACACUAAUGGGGAAUUCAAAAGUUUUGGAGAUAGUAUUAUCUCAGAGUUGGAUGCCAUUGAUUACUGGAGCCAUUUCCCCAUUGGACAUAGAGACAAAGCAAAGGUCGAGUUUGUUGAUGUUGUAGACGCCCCACAACAAGAAUAUAGUCUUGAAAGAGGGGAUUGUGGAGUAUUUGUAUGCAUGUUCAUGGAAAUGAUUGUUUCUAGGGUACCAGUGGCGAUUUCAGGGACACCUAGAGAAGGUGCAUUUCUCUACAGAAAUAAGAUGGCAAAUGUUAUUUGGGAUACUAUAUAA